AUGGGGAAGAUCCAUACCGCAGAGGCGAUGCAAGGCAUCAAAGUUGACGUUCUUAUGUGCCAAGAUGUGAGCUAUCGGUCAGGAGAUGUCUACUUUGCUGUGCUAGACUGUCUCAUUGGUCGCAUGCCAGGCGUCAUGGCGGGUAUCCGACUGAAAAAGCUGUCAGAAGAAGAAUAUCUAAGAGUGGAUGCUGAACAGAUUUUCGAGUUUGCACGAUUGGCUCGCAACGGGACUGUUGACAUUGAGGGCUUCGAUCCUCUGAAGGAACAGACAGAGUUGGCAGAGUUGAGAACACGCACCAAACACAAGGGAUGGAGGCCAAAAUCUGUUCGACUUUCACCAUCACAAGCCACUCCGUCUUCUAUCUCUCCUGGAUUCUGGCUGCUACCUCCAGCUGGUACACCUCCAGCGGACAUACAAAUUAUGGCAGCACACCCUCAUAUUUUCUGGGAUGGCGACGGCUUAAUCAUGCAGCCUCCAACGGCACCGUCUACCUCACACAAAACCGGUGCCUUGCAGUUCCGGAUAGGACGACUUCAAUUUCUACUUAUCUUCGGGCAAGUCCAAACUCCCAUGGGUAUGAAGCCUUGGUGUGUGAUUGAACAAUACUCCGGAAAUGUUGUCUUAGAGCAAUGGUAUAAUCAGUUUGCGGUUGCUUCGCAGCCCGGUGUAUUUUACGGGAGCAAUCAUCGAGAGGUGAGGCCGCCGCGAGGAUGGAUGAGCAUGAAGAUGCGAGAAGCCAAGAUCUCUGGUAAUCGGGACAUGUGCCUGAUGCAGCUCUGUGCAUGA